GCGCGUGUCUGUGUCACUAAGGAAGAUGGCGGAUGAAGCCGAGGAUUUGAGUAGUGCAGCGGACGAGACCGACGGCGAGACUGAGCUGCCUUCGUCCCCGGCCACCAGUGGUCGGGGCGUGGAGGAGGGCAGCUGGUCGACCCCCAUUCUGUCGCUGGCUAAGAAAGCGUCGGAGACCCUGUCGGCGAACUACGGAAGUGCUUUAAAAUCAGCAGCCGUGGGUUUCGCAGUCAAAGCGAGCGGCAGCGACAACACUGUCAGCAAAAAUGUUAAUGAACAUGUGAAAAAUGAGCGAGUCAACCUCAUGAAUAUGAUGAAACUUAGUAUUAAAGUACUCAUUCAAUCUGCAUUAAGCCUGGGAAGAACUUUGGAUGCAGAUUACCCACCACUUCAGCAGUUCUUUGUGGUAAUGGAGCAGUGUCUCAAACAUGGACUGAAAGUAAAGAAGUCUUUUCUUGGACCAAACAAAUCAUUUUGGGGUCCUCUGGAGCUGGUGGAAAAACUUUGUCCUGAGGCUGCUGAAAUAGCAACUAGUGUUCGAGACCUGCCAGGGCUUAAAACUCCUGUAGGAAGAGGAAGGGCGUGGCUUAAUCUUGCUUUAAUGCAGAAGAAAAUAGCCGAUUAUUUGAAGGCCUUGAUUGAUCGGAAAGACCUGCUGAGUGAAUUCUAUGAUCCAAGUGCACUGAUGAUGCAUGAUGAGGGUGCAGUUAUUGUUGGUCUACUGGUGGGCCUUACAGUUAUCGAUGCAAAUCUUUGUUUAAAAGGAGAAGACUUGGAUUCUCAGGUUGGGGUGAUUGACUUCUCGUUGUAUCUUAAAGAUGGAGUUCAUGAUAGUUCUGACAGCAAGCAGGAUGCUGAACUCACUAAAAUCCUGGACCAGAAACAUUAUGUGGAAGAACUCAACAGACACUUGAGUGGUACAGUUUCUGAUCUGCAGACAAAACUGGAUUCAUUAGAAAAAACUAACGCAAAACUAAUCGAAGAGCUUGCUGCAGCAAAUGACAGAAUUCAGUCACUUCAGGAGGAACAGAAUCAACUAAAGCAAGAAAAUUCAUCGAUCCUUGAAACAAGUGAACGUCGAGUGGAGGUGAGCAGACAAGAUUCUGAAGUAGAGCUGGAAACUUACAAACAAACUCGUCAAGGUCUAGACGAAAUGUACAAUGAGGUCUGGAAACAACUGAAAGAAGAGAGAAAGAUUCGAAUGGAACUGGAGAAAGAACUGGAAUUACAGAUGAGCUUGAAGCAAGAAAUGGAAAUAGCCAUGAAACUACUAGAGAAAGACACGCAUGAGAAGCAGGAUACAUUAGUAGCUCUCCGACAACAGUUAGAAGAAGUUAAGGCCAUCAAUUUGCAGAUGUUUCACAAAACGAAGAACUCUGAGGGGACGGCACAGCAGAAGACUGAGAUGAUAAACUCUUUGGAACAAAAGACUAAUCAGAUGAUUGAUGCCACAAAACAAAUGGAGGAAAGAUUGCAACAGUCUGAACAAACCAGACAGUUAGCGGAAGAGAAAAAUCGAAAGAUUAAACAGGAAUUUGCCAGCAAGAUUGAGAAUCUCCAGCAACAGCUCAGUGAACUGGACAAACAACGCUCUAUUUUGGAUUCUGAACUUAAAGCUGAGAAGGAACAAAGGCAAAGUCUGCAACAGCAGUUGCAACAAGAGAGAGAUGUAACAUCUCAGUUAAAAGCUCAACUGCAGCAGAAAUCGGGGUUAGAGAAGGAAAUGCAGAAGUUGCAAGAUGAGAAAAAACAACUACAAAAGAUCUGUGAAGAACAGGAACAGGCACUACAAGAAAUGGGACUCCAUCUUAGUCAAUCAAAAUUGAAAAUGGAGGACAUUAAAGAGGUCAAUAAAGCAUUAAAGGGAAAUGCUUGGCUGAAGGAUGAUGAAGCAACAUCCUGCAAACAAUGUGAGAAAGAAUUUUCAAUCUCAAGAAGAAAGCAUCACUGUAGAAACUGUGGUGACAUCUUCUGCAACAACUGUUCCAGUAAUGAGUUGGCACUACCUUCUUACCCUAAGCCUGUGCGGGUCUGUGACUCCUGCCACACGCUACUACUACAGAGGUGUUCUUCAAAUGCUUCCUGAGAUGAUGAAUGCAGCAGGAUUUGUACCAAGCCAUCAGUGCUAGCCGGUUUAGCUCUACUGCAUCAGUAAAGCUGUUAAAUAAAUUAAGUUCUAUAUGCCAAUAUCUUUUGUGAAACUCAAAAGCUGAAUAUUUUCAUGUAACUGUCCAAACGAAAGGGCUUGCAUUAAGUGAUUGACCAAUUUGACACUUAAGUUGAAUACUAGAAAUGUAAUCAAAAUUUUUGAUAUUUUGCUGUACAUGUAAGGUCAUACACUAUCUUUAUUACAAAAUCUGUCAAGAAUGUUAAGAUAGAUCGCCAUUAACCUUCACUUCCAAAUAUUAACUGCAUUCCUGCCUGUUUUCACCUUUUCUUUCAUCUCUGGCCCCCCCUCCCCCACCCCCAAAAUGUUUUUAUUUGGUUUCAUGGCUGAUGGUACAAGCUUUUUUACAUGACUAAUACCAACUGAUGUAUCCUCCACUCGGCAUUGGUCAAUACCGUUAAUUAUGGUGGCUGAAGUUAGAAGAAAUUAUUUUUCAGGUUUGCAGUGCCAUAAUAUUGUAUUUGUACUUAAAGCUAUUUUUAUGGCUCCAUGUGCCUUUGUUGGAUAACAUAAAUUGCAAUACCUGUAUUGAUGCUGUAGAAUAUAGACAUAUGAAUUUAAUUAUGUGGCCCAUUUUCCUGCUAGAAAUAAACUGUUAUUCCGCUCUCACUUACACCUUGUGAACAUCAAAACAGACAAUCAUACCACAGCUUUGCAGAACAAGGCAUAACGUUCUGCUGUUCUGAUACACUAGGGGAAAAGUGUAUGCAUGUGAAAAACUCAAUUGUAUGCUUUUUUUUUUUAGUGAAGAUUCCUCUUUAUACUUGGUUCACUGAGUUUUUCCCUUGAAUGUGUUAAAUCUUUUCUCCAUGUACUAUUUUGUAUAUUUCUAAUGUCUGAUGCACUUCAAUAUAAAAAGGAUUUAGUUAAUUCU